AUGUUUGGACAUGUGACGUUUGGACAUGUGACGUUUGGACAUGUGUCUCACAGGUGUCUCACAGGUGUCUCACAGGUGUCUCACAGGUGUCUCACAGGUGUUUCACAGGUGUCUCACAGGUGUCGCACAGGUGUCUCACAGGUGUCUCACAGGUGUCGCACAGGUGUCGCACAGGUGUCGCACAGGUGUUUCACAGGUGUCGCACAGGUGUUUCACAGGUGUCGCACAGGUGUCGCACAGGUGUCUCACAGGUGUCGCACAGGUGUGUCUCACAGGUGUCUCACAGGUGUCUCACAGGUGUCUCACAGGUGUCUCACAGGUGUCUCACAGGUGUCUCACAGGUGUCUCACAGGUGUCUCACAGGUGUCUCACAGUGUCCAGGUGUCUCACAGGUGUCUCACAGGUGUCUCACAGGUGUUCACAGGUGUCUCACAGGUGUCACAGGUGUCACAGGUGUCACAGGUGUCCACAGUGUCACAGGUGUCUCACAGGUGUCUCACAGGUGUCCACAGGUGUGUCUCACAGGUGUCUCACAGGUGUCUCACAGUGUCGCACAGGUGUCGCACAGGUGUCUCACAGGUGUCUCACAGGUUCACAGGUGUCGCACAGGUGUCUCACAGGUGUCUCACAGGUGUCCGUUCACAGGUGUCUCACAGGUGUCUCACAGGUGUCUCACAGGUGUCUCACAGGUGUGUCUCACAGGUGUCGCACAGGUGUCCACAGGUGUCACAGGUGUUCGCACAGGUGUCGCACAGGUGUCUCACAGGUGUCUCACAGGUGUUCACAGGUGUCGCACAGGUGUCUCACAGGUGUCGCACAGGUGUCUCACAGGUGUCGCACAGGUGUCUCACAGGUGUUUCACAGGUGUCGCACAGGUGUCUCACAGGUGUCUCACAGGUGUCUCACAGGUGUCGCACAGGUGUCUCACAGGUGUCUCACAGGUGUCUCACAGGUGUCUCACAGGUGUCGCACAGGUGUCUCACAGGUGUACAACCCUCUGUGGGGUGGACCCUCUGUGGGGUGGACCCUCUGUGGGGUGGACCCUCUGUGGGGUGGACCCUCUGUGGGGUGGACCCUCUGUGGGGUGGACCCUCCAUGGGGUGGACCCUCCAUGGGGUGGACCCUCUGUGGGGUGGACCCUCUGUGGGGUACAGCGGGUGUAGGGUCCUCCCCUUUGAUUCAAGUCCCAACUUCAGACCUAUUUGUGUGACAGACGGGCCUCACUGCACGCUCUGUUCAGACGUUUCAGGAGCAGAAGCAGAAUAUUGUCGUCAUUUUUUUCUUCAUCAUCACCAUCAUCAUCAUCAUCACCAUCAUCAUCAACAUCACCAUCAUCAUCAUCACCAUCAUCAUCAUCAUCAUCAUCACCAUCAUCAUCACCAUCACCAUCAUCACAAUAAUCACCACCAUCACCACCAUCAUCAUCACCAUCAUCAUCAUCAUCACCAUCAUCAUCAUCACCAUCAUCAUCAUCAUCACCAUCAUCAUAUCAUCAUCACCAUCACCAUCACCAUCACCAUCACCAUCAUCAUCAUCACCAUCAUCACCAUCAUCAUCAUCACCAUCAUCAUCAUCAUCAUCACCAUCAUCAUCAUCAUCAACAUCACCAUCAUCAUCAUCAUCAUCAUCAUCACCAUCAUCAUCAUCACCAUCAUCAUCAUCAUCACCAUCAUCAUCAUCACCAUCAUCAUCACCAUCAUCACCAUCACCAUCCUCGUCAUCAUCACCAUCAUCACCAUCAUCAUCACCAUCAUCAUCAUCACCAUCAUCACCAUCAUCACCAUCAUCACCAUCAACAUCAACAUCACCAUCACCAUCAUCAUCAUCACCAUCAUCAUCAUCAUCACCAUCACCAUCAUCAUCAUCACCAUCAUCACCAUCAUCAUCAUCACCAUCAUCAUCAUCAUCAUCAUCACCAUCAUCAUCAUCAUCAACAUCACCAUCACCAUCAUCAUCAUCAUCAUCACCAUCAUCAUCAUCAUCACCAUCAUCAUCAUCAUCACCAUCAUCAUCAUCACCAUCAUCAUCACCAUCAUCACCAUCACCAUCCUCGUCAUCAUCACCAUCAUCACCAUCAUCAUCACCAUCAUCAUCAUCACCAUCAUCACCAUCAUCACCAUCAUCACCAUCAACAUCAACAUCACCAUCACCAUCAUCAUCAUCACCAUCAUCAUCAUCAUCACCGGUCAGUCACCUGUACCCCAGGUGGAGGAGGCCCGGUUAGCUGUAGCCCAGGUGGUGGAGGCCCGGUUAGCUGUAGCCCAGGUGGUGGAGGCCCGGGUAGCUGUAGCCCAGGUAGUGGAGGCCCAGGUAACUGCAGCCCAGGUAGUGGAGGCCCGGGAAGAUGUAGCCCAGGUGGUGGAGGCCCGGGAAGAUGUAGCCCAGGUGGUGGAGGCCCGAGUAGCUGUAGCCCAGGUGGUGGAUCAUCAUCAUCACCAUCAUCAUCAUCAUCACCAUCAUCAUCAUCAUCACCAUCAUCACCAUCACCAUCACCAUCAUCACCAUCAUCACCACUAUCAUCAUCACCAUCAUCAUCACCAUCAUCAUCAUCAUCACCAUCACAUCAUCAUCGUCACCAUCAUCAUCAUCACCAUCAUCAUCACCAUCAUCAUCAUCAUCACCAUCAUCACCAUCAUCAUCAUCAUCAUCACCAUCAUCAUCACCACCAUUAUCACCAUCACCAUCAUCACCAUCAUCACCAUCAUCAUCACCACCAUCAUCAUCAUCAUCACCAUCAUCAUCACCAUCAUCACCAUCAUCAUCACCAUCAUCAUCAUCACCAUGCCUUGCCAUCACCAUCAUCAUCAUCACAUCACCAUCAUCAUCACCAUCAUCACCAUCAUCAUCAUCAUCACCAUCAUCACCAUCAUCAUCAUCAUCAUCACCAUCAUCAUCAUCAUCAUCAUCACCAUCAUCAUCACCAUCAUCAUCAUCACCAUCACCAUCAUCACCAUCAUCACCAUCAUCAUCACCACCAUCAUCAUCAUCAUCACCAUCAUCACCAUCAUCACCAUCAUCAUCGCCAUCAUCGCCAUCAUCGCCAUCAUCACCAUCAUCACCAUCACCAUCAUCAUCACCAUCAUCAUCAUCAUCACCAUCAUCAUCACCAUCAUCAUCACCACCAUCAUCACUAUCAUCACCAUCAUCAUCAUCACCAUCAUCACUAUUACCAUCACCAUCAUCACCAUCAUCACCAUCAUCAUCAUCAUCACCAUCAUCAUCAUCACCAUCAUCACCAUCAUGAUCACGAUCAUCACUAUCAUCAUCACCAUCAUCACCAUCAUCACCAUCACCAUCAUCACCAUCAUCACCAUCAUCAUCACCAUCAUCAUCAUCAUCACCAUCAUCAUCAUCAUCACCAUCAUCAUCAUCAUAUCAUCAUCAUCACCAUCAUCAUCAUCAUCAUCAUCACCAUGCCUUGCCUUACCAUCAUCACCAUCAUCAUCAUCACCAUCAUGGCGGCACGGUGGCUGA